UAACACGUUCACGCCGGCGUGCCCCACCGGUGGUUCACACUUGACUGUUCCGUGGGGCGACGUGCAUCACAGGUCCUUAUGGUGUGCUGCCAUGGCGCUGGUGAUCGGGUCGGCAUCUGCAAGUUCAUUGCUCCUUGAUGACGUGGUGUAUGACACACUAUACCAAUACCCACCUGGAAUUAUUCUGAAAGACGGAGCAGAAUAUGACUACGUUGUGGUCGGGGCGGGGGCGGCUGGUGCUGCGGCCGCUUCUCGACUGGCGCUGAAGGGGUUCAGUGUUGUACUCAUAGAAGCCGGUGGUGAUCCUGACGCACUUUCUAAAAUCCCAAUGGCUGCAAUGGGGCUCCUCGGAUCACCUAUCGACUGGCAAUACAAGACCAUAUCCAACAACGUAUCCUGUCUCUCCUUUCAGGGUAAACAGUGCAGGUUUGCACGCGGAAAGUGUCUCGGAGGCUCAACUUCUAUUAACUAUAUGCUGUACACCAGAGGAAACCGACUUGAUUAUGAUGAAAUGAACAUUCCUGGCUGGAGAUGGAAGGAUUUGAAACCAUAUUUCCUCCGUUACGAAGGACUUCAAAUCGCAAAAAAUUACCCACCAUCUUCAAGGAUCUACCACAACACAUCCGGCAUUUUGAAAAUUGAGUAUUUCGAUGAUCCCCGAAAUCCGUGGCAAUUCCGGCUCGUCACUGGAAUGAAGGAUUUAAAUGUGCCAUUCAAUAAAGAUUUGAAUGGAAAGAACCAAAUCGGCGUGUCAAAGGUGGCGGGCUAUGUGUACAAGGGUGAGCGCAUGAGCACCGCUCGUGCGUACCUGUCUAGAGACGAUGUUAAGAAAGCCUUAAACGUAGCCAAGAAUGCUUUUUGUACCGGUGUCAUCAUAGAUGACAAUAAUGUCGCAAGGGGCGUAACAGUCAUUCAAGGUCUGCUGAAUGUAACCGUGUUAGCGCGGAAAGAAGUAAUCUUGAGUGCAGGCGCAGUUGGAACUCCACAGAUUCUUAUGUUAUCAGGCAUAGGACCAGAUUAUCAUUUAAAAAGUUUGGGAAUUAAAGUGCGGAAAAAUCUGACAGUCGGUGACGAUAUGAGUGACCACGUCCUACCGCUGAUAAUAGUUAAAGUGGAUAAAGGACACAGCAUACCUCAAAAAUUAUCACCACUUAUUGGGAGAGCAGCACAACUUGGGCAAUUCCUCGUGGCUGGAGAUGGACCCCUAGCUUCUAAUGGCAUUACGGAUAUUGUUACCUUAAUGAACAGCGAUUGCUAUGAUUACAAAAAUCGUAAACUGUAUAAUAAUAGUACUAAAUGUGAAUACGCAGACUUGCAGAUCAUUGCCGCCUACGUCGACAGGAGCUUGGUGACAGUCGCGAAACCAUUGUUCAAGCACGCGAUAGGUCUCAACGACGACGUUGUUGAACAGAUAAGUAAAGCGAACGAGGAUUACGCUUUAAUAAUUUUAUCACCGGUCGUAUUGAAACCGUAUUCUCGUGGUAAUAUCCGUCUCGCUAGUGCUGAUCCUACCGAACAACCCGCGAUAUUCGCUAACUACUUAGGAGAUUCCCGAGAUGUCGAUCAAAUGCUGAAACACAUAAUAGUUUUAGAGCAUCUGGUGGAAGCGCCGACCUUUAAGAAACAGAAUGCCUCAAUCCUGCAUCUAAACCUACCUGAAUGUCCAUCUUAUGAAAAAUCUAGAGUAAAAUAUUGGAGAUGCUAUGCAAGGAGUAUGACUUAUGCCGUCUAUCACGCCGUGGGGACAUGUGCGCUGCAAAGAGUGGUUAAUGAAAAGCUUCAAGUGUAUGGCGUGAAGAAUUUAAGAGUUGCCGAUUUGAGCGUAAUGAAGAAACUAGUUAGGGGCAAUACAGAGGCAGUAUCAGUAGCUAUCGGCGAGAGACUAGUUGAUCUCAUCGUGGACGACUUGAAUAAGAAGACGAAGUGUUGUCCUAGGGCUAAAUAAUACUGCGCACCUGAUUAUAGGGAAAAGCUAUAAAUGACUUCAUUAAAAAUAAUAAUAAUCAAAA